ACAUUCACUUUUCGUCCUCUCAAUGUCGUAAACAACACUCGCGCUACAAGACAAUGAGUAGGACUCCCCUGUCAGUGACCGGUAUGUGAGAGUAUUUUGAGAAGGGUAGCUGACCCUAUCCACCCUCCGUCGUACUAGGACAUUUGUGGGCAAUUCCAAUAACAGUUCACCACAAGCUCUGACUUGAUCAGUUGUAUUGAUGCCAUUGUCUGUAGCAUAUCUCCCACGUAUUCGAGAUGUCAAUUUGAUGUAUUUAAAUGCUGUCUAUUGCCUUGGUCACAUGGGUGUUGUACUAGCACAAAUGCCACAUACACAAGAAUUAAUUUUACAAUUUCUCCAACAAAAUUUAAAUCCAGCUAAACUGUUACCUCAAUUAGAAAUUAAAUCAAUGGAACAAUUAGGUUGUAUGGUGAUUGGUGGAUCGUCAAUUGUUUAUGAUCAAAUUAUGGAUAUACUAACUGCAAUUCGUGUUCGUAGUACCCGUGAAAUGGCUUUAAAUCCACAAAUGAAAAACUCUAGAUUAAGACAGUUAUCCGAAGCUAUGAUUAAUGUGUUUGCUAAUAUAUCAACUUUUGUUCAAGGUCAACCGAAACUGUACAAAUUAUUACAUCGUCUUUUGGAGCAUUAUGUUCAUGUUGAUAUGGAAUUAGAUCAAGACUCGAAAUCGACCAGUAUUCUUACAAUAGCAGCUCAUGGUCUUGGACAACUUAUUCCUGUGAUUGCAAUCUUAUUAAAACGUUUAACACCAAUACAAAAUCCAAAUCAACGUUUACAAAAAUUAUUUCGAGAAUUUUGGUUAUCUGUUACAGUGAUGGGAUUUGCUGAUCCAAAUUCAACAAUAUGGCCUGUAGAAUACUAUCGUGGUCUUUGUGAAAUUGCUAUAAAAUCUCCAGUUCUUCUUUUAAAUGAUUCCUUACGAGCUGAACUACAACAAAGCUCUGCAUUAAGCCCUCGGAAUUUAUCACAAAUUGAUGUAACUGAUAUACGCAAUAAAUUAUGCAUUUUAUUGGAUAAUAAUGCUGAAACAACUUCAUUAAUUAAUCGAAUGAGUGUUACUCAAUGUAUUUAUUUAAUGGCAGUCUAUAGACUCGAAUCAUUGUGUAUUGGUCAUUCAUCUGAUCCUGAAGCAUUGCAUCGUUUGUUCAUGUAUUUAGAAGAUAAUAUCAUUAUAAAGGAUAAAUUUGGUAUGUGGACGUGUAUUUCUCAAGUGGCUGUACGGAUAUUUACACGUUAUCUUGCUCAAAUGAAAACCAAGCCAUUAGAUAUUGUACGUGAAUCAAUUAUGGAUAUGCAUGCUCAAUUCUUGUUGGUCAUGUUUACACGUAUACAUAAAAGUUUACGUAUUGUAGCUGACGAAUUUCUUAGUAUGUUAGCUAAAGAUUUUCCUCAUGUUAUGUGGAGUGGACGUGUUCUAUUCACAAUGUUAGAUGUUGCUCAAUUAUUGUCACAAUCAUUAGAAGUGGAUCCUAAUCUGACUGCACCAGUUUAUAAUGUUCCUGGAACAAAUUUCAAAUUGUUUACUUCCGAUAGUUUACCAGCUAGAGAGAAAAUGUUAACUGAUUUUGUUAAACGUUGUAAAGGAAUUAUUGAAGUUGGUUUACAAUGGGCACCAAAUUUAGUGCGUUCACAUUUAAUUAAUUAUAUGCUAGAAAUACAACAUCCAUCUACAGACUUACCACAACAUACUGGUUUAGCAUUGGCUACAGAAUCCGUAUUAAAUUAUGCCGGAUAUAAUCGUUCAGCAUCUUUCUUAGGGACAAGUGCACUUGAUAAACGUCCAACUUGUGCAAAAAUGGAUUCAUCAAAUUUUAUGUAUAAUUUAAUCUUACGUAAUCGUUAUUUGGGUGAAGCAUCAGGAAUGUUACGUUAUUCUGAUGAUCCAAUGAAACUGGUGAAUAAAAUGAGUAAAGAUUUAGAAAUUGCAUGUCAUAAUGCUUCACGUCUGUCUAAAAUGCUUACUAAUCUAGAAGAAUCACAGCCAAAGUCAAAACAACAACAGUUGUUGAAAUCAUCUUUGAGUAGUAGUAAUAAUAAUACAAGUAAUAAUCAAUUAGUCAAUGAAACCACUGAACAGAUUAAACGAUUACAAAAUCAAAAAUCCAUUGCAUUGGAUGUUGUACAAGCAUGUUUAUUUCGUAUGACAGCUUUAUUAGUGAUGCAUAAAUCACAAAACCAUGAUCCUAUGAUGAAUAAAACUAAUUUAACUGGACAAGAUCUUAUUGUUGGUGAUGCUGAUGAUAACAAUGAUGAUGAGGAGGAAGAAUGUCAAGAAGAGGAAGAUAACGAUGAAUAUGACGGUGACUCUGACGAUGACGAUGACAGUGAUGAUGAUGACGACUUAGAUGGUGAUGAAGAUAAUGAUGAGGAUAGAUCAUCUGAACGACAGAAACGCCAUUAUCACCAUCGUCGUAAAUUUCAUCAUCAUCUUCAAUAUGGUGGAUCAGUUAUGAAACGACUAUUGCUUAAACCAAAACGAUCAGUUUCUCGAUUGAAUAAUCCCAACACUACAAACUUUCCCGUUCCUCCAGUGACAACAACAACAAUGACAGUAUCAACAACCGGUAAUCCUAAUUCUUCAUGUCAUUUAAUCAAUGAUACAAAAAAUCCUACAACUAUUGAUAUCACAAGUGCAACAAUAACAUCAUCAAGAAAAAAAUUGUAUGUUAUGAAAGGUGAUACAGCAAGGCGUUUAUUACAAGAAAUAUGUCAUUCACCAUUAAGAUUAUUUACUACAGAAAUGUUAGAAAAUGCUUUAGCAUGUUGGCAAUGGUUAAUUGUUGGUAGACCGGAGUUAACUAUUCAGCUUUUGAACGAAUUGAGUGAUGCCUGGCAAAUAACCAUUCAUCGACGUCUUGGAGUAUUCUCUGUACAUAAUGCCGAUGAUGGCGAAGUUUUGCCAUUAAUUGUAUCAGAUCAAUUAAAGUAUAGCCCACCAAAAUGUAACACUGGUCCCCAUCAGUUAUGGUCACAGUUUUUCAGUGAACGUCUAUAUGUUGCACAGUCAUCAAGUCAAGAACAGUUAGAUAUAUUUUUUGAUUUAUUACAAAAAACUCUAGCAGGAGAAAUUGCUUCAUUAAGUAAAAGUAUACAUACAGUACAAAAUUCUUCGGAAACUUCAAAAAACUCACAAAAACCUCAUUCUCGUCGUCAUGAUCAUCCAUCUUCAAUUAUAAGAGGAUGUUUAACUAAUAAUGUAGCUGCAUUAGGUGUACGUUGUCGUCUAGUUGAAAUGUGUCUUAGUUUAUUACAAAAUACUGGAUUUAAAUCAAAUUAUUCUGGAGGUCAAGGAAUAUCAACUGAUGAAUUAUCUAGUCAUGUUGGUGGUGUAAUGACAGCUGCGACAAUAACAACAGGAACUGGUGGUGGAGUGGGUAGCAGUGGUGGAAGUGUUGUUAGUGCUGGAGGAAGAACUGGUGGAAGUAGUGGAAGUCAAGGUCAAAUAGAUACAGGAUGUUUAUUUCCUUUAGCUAGAAUCGCUCUUCGAGAGAAAGCUUAUGCAACUAUAUUGAAUUAUUUCACAGUAAAACCACAAUAUCCCAUCAAACAUGAUGCCGAUUUAUCUGAUGAAUUGAAGGCAUUAAGUCGACUAUGGAGUUUAAUGCAAGCUGAACGUAAAUAUUUAAAUACUAGUAUGAUUGAAACAGAAAUGGAUGCGUUGUUAGAGGCUGUUGGUCGUGGUGGUUUCAUAGUUGGUAGUGAUUUUGACUAUGGAGCUGCUUAUCUUUCAGAUCAGAUGACAGUUAAUACACCAGAAUCUAUCGCUGUCGGUGGUGGCGUUGUUGGUGCUUCGAUUGGUCCGUCAGGUUUUCCUACGAAUCCUAUGUCAACUGUAAUAACUACAUAUCACACUACAAGUUCUUCACCAAAUAUACGACAUGUGAAUUCAAAUGUAUUUACUGAAUCAUGGAUUACUUCCAACGUAACAACAGUGACAACAAUGACAACUACUAGUAUUACCAGUGGUGGAGCUACACUUCCAAGACUGCGUUCACAGGUUAUGCUGUUAACAGAUCAACCAUUAGAACGUCCUGGUGUUGGUUCACUUAUUCUACCGUCAGCUUUAAAUUCUACAACUUCACCAACAUUACAAAAUGCGGCUGUUCUAGCUGGAACUAAUAUUGCUCAUUCGGUUGUCUCAAAGCGGUCCUCAGCUACUGGAGGUAAACAAAGUGCCAGAACCAAUGGAGAGAAUUAUUUGAAGCAAAUAUUUUUACAGAAACGUGAAUUGAUUUUAAUCCUAUUGGCUUCAGAAAUUGAACGACUUUCAGUAUGGUUUAAUCCACAAGGUUUAUCUGAUCGUAUUGGAAUUAGAGAAGCUGAAGUUGAAACUUGGCUUCGUGAAACAUUACGUAAAAAAUCCUGGCGUAGAUGGAUAUCAUUAGCAUGGGAUUUAUGUCCACCAGUAGCUGUCUACAUGCCACAAAGAUUUACUGGUUCAGAUGAACUACGUCGUGAAGUGUCAUUAUUUGUAACAGCAAAUCCAUUGCUUGUAACUCAUAUCCCAGCUGCUUUACAAUAUUUAGCUACUUCAAGUAAUAUUGAAGACGGACGUCCUGAAUUAUCCCAUAUAUUAACAUGGUCACCUGUUGCACCGGUCGUUGCUCUAUCAUUCUUUUCACGUAUGUAUCCUCAACAUCCAUUAACACAUCAAUAUGCUGUACGUGUAUUAUCUGAUUAUCCAUCGGAAACAAUGUUAUUCUAUGUUCCACAAUUUGUUCAAGGUAUUCGUUAUGAUAAAUUAGGUUAUUUAUCUGAAUCAAUUGUAACUUUAGCUAAACGAUCACCAUUAUUAGCACAUCAAUUAUUAUGGAAUAUGAAAACAAAUAUAUAUCGUGAUGAAGAAAGUUUAAAAUUUGAUAAUGAAAUUGGUAAUCAUUUAUUAGCAUUAUCAAGUAUAAUACAAAAUAAUUUCAAUGGGCCAACUUUAGCAUUUUAUCAAAGAGAAUUUGAAUUUUUCGAUCAAAUCACAUCAGUUUCAGCGAAAAUUCGAUCAUACCCUAAAGGUGAAGCACGUAAAAAGGCUUGUCUAGAGGCAUUACGUGAAGUGAAUGUGAAACCUGGUUGUUAUUUACCAUCGAAUCCAGAUUCUGUUGUAUUAGAAAUUGACUAUAUGUCUGGUACACCAAUGCAGUCAGCAGCAAAAGCUCCAUUCUUAGCACGAUUCAAGGUUCGUCGAGUCGGUGUUCAAAAUUUAGAAACUGAGGCUAUCAAUGCAGCUAAAGAGGCACAAAAUCUUACAACUAUACCUGACGAUCCUUCAUCUCAACAUAUGCAUCAUCAUCGUGAUUCCAUAGAUGGCAUUAAUCCAGUUGUGAAAAUGCUUUCCCAGGCAGGAAUAAAGUACAGACGACGUAAUAGUCAUCAUGAAUCACCGAAUAGCCCAUCUAGACAAACUCUAGCAUCAAUUCCUCAUAAAUACAGUACAGUUGCAUCACGUGGUAAUAAAAUUCGUCAACCUACCGCAAGUGGUGGCAGCACAACGAAUCCCACAGAUGAUAAACAACUAACUACAUCCACGAAAUUAGGUCAUGUAUUCAUGCAAGCCUGUAUUUUCAAAGUUGGAGAUGAUGUUCGUCAAGAUAUAUUGGCAUUACAAAUUUUACAAUUAUUUAAAAAUAUAUUUGAAAGAUGUGGAUUGGAAUUAUUUGUUUAUCCGUAUAAAGUUGUUGCAACUGCACCAGGACGUGGUGUCAUUGAAUGUGUACCAGAUAGUAAGUCACGUGAUCAAAUUGGACGUCAAAUUGAUGGCAAGUUAUAUGAAUACUUUUUAAGUAUAUAUGGUGAUGAAACUAAUCCCAGUUACCAAACGGCUCGUCGAAAUUUUACAUUAAGUUUAGCUGCCUACAGUGUAUUUCUUUAUUUAAUACAAAUUAAAGAUCGUCAUAAUGGUAAUAUUAUGAUUGAUAAAGUUGGUCAUAUUAUACAUAUAGAUUUUGGUUUCAUGUUAGAAAGUAGUCCUGGUGGUAAUUUAGGCUGGGAAAGUGAUAUGAAAUUAAGUAAAGAAAUGUUUAUGAUUAUGGGUGGUCGUAUGGAUAGUCCAUCAUAUUUAUGGUUUGAACAUUUAUCUAUACAAGCAUAUCUUGCAUUAAGACCAUAUCAAGAAUGUAUUGUAUCAUUGAUUUCAUUAAUGUUAGAUACUGGUUUACCAUGUUUUCGUGGACAAACUAUUAAAUUAUUAAGACAACGUUUUGCACCACAAUUAUCUGAUCGUGAAGCAGCUGCAUCAUAUUUACGUAUUAUACGUACAUGUCUUGCACAUUGGCGUGAUAAAUCAUAUGAUGUUUUACAAUAUAUGCAAAAUCAAAUACCUUAUUAAAAUUAUUUUUAAUUCAUUCUCAACAAUAUGUAUGUAUGUUGUUACAUAUGAUGUAAACUCUGAAGCAUAAUGAUAAUAUCCCCUGAAACAAGUAACGCUCAAUUUCUUUCUCUCUCUCUUGUCCACCCGUCCGUCCGUCCACGUGCACGCUCUCGCGCUUGCAUUAAAUCAGUGAAUUAUCAUUUCUUAUUCAAAUGAUCAAUUUAUCCAUGAAUAUAUUCCCUUCUUCAAGAUAAUACUAUACUAUACCAUAUAUUCUAUACAAUCAUAAUUAUAUUCUAUCUGUGAUGAUCUAUACUGAUUAAACUAUGUAUAUUUUAUGCUUAGUUUAUGGAUUAAUCUUUAUUAUUAUUGUUAUUACUAUUGAAAAUUCCAUAUGUUGUUACGUCACCAUGUUAGAAAAACAGAAAGAAGAAGAAGAAGAAGAAAAGAACAGGUAAUUCGGCGCACCCCCCACCACCCUAUUUAAUCUUUGUUGUUACUAUAUUAUUAUUAUUAUUAUUAUUAUUAUUAUUAUUAUUAUUCGUUGUCGUUCCUGUUUACCUUAUAAUAGUUGUAUAAUUGAUUCUUCUCUUAUUCUACAAUGAAAUAAUCAUUCUAACUACAUUUUCAUAUAUGUAAGUAUGUGAGAAUGUAUGAUGAAAAGCACAGGAUUAGUGAAAUAGAUAAUCUUUAUCUAUGUAUAUUGUAUUUCAGUCAAUAUGUCUAAGAAGAACUAUCACUUUCUAUUUCUAUACCAACUAUCUUCUCUUCUAUAUUCUAUAAAUACAUGUAUGUAUUCUUCAAAAUUGCCUAUUAUAUUUACUCUGUUAUCUUUUCUCCAGAUUAAAAAGUGAACCAACCAACCAACCAAACAAACAAACAAAUCUAUUGAACUUAAAUACAAAGAUCGUAUUUAUUUGUUUUCUUUAUUUAAUAUAAAUUUCCUAUUUUAUG